GCCACAUGUUGCUGCGCUUCACUAAAGUGCUGCAGCAGCCCGAGCCGCCUCGCCUGUGCCGCCACCUGUAGCAGCGAGGAGGAGGAGGAGGAGGCGGACAAGGAUAUCUUUCAUCUUGAGUGGCCUUGGCGAGUCAGAGAGCUCAUCGGCGGACGCAGAUGCAAGCGCCAUGCCGGGACUCAUCAACAAGGAGAACCGGAGCCCUCUACCCCUCAGCAUCUCUGACAUCACUUCCUGCGUCAGGGGCUACACCCAUGCCAUGACGGCUUCCAUGGCGUACGAAAACAUAGAGGACCAUGCCAUCGAAGGGAUCUUCAUCUACCCGCUGGAGGAGAAAGCCAUUGUCGUGGGCUUUGAGGCCAUGAUCUCCAGCCAGAUCAUCACACUGCAGAUCAAAGACAAGGCCAAGAUGGACGACUGUUACAACGGCGUACCAAACGGAGCGCCACCUAGCGGCGUUGGCCACGUAGUCCUGGACGAGGACUUGGAGAGGACGGUGCUGGUGGUCAACCUGGGGCUCAUCCCUCCCUUGGAGACGGUCCACGUCCUGGUCAGCACUUCCUGCGAGCUGUCCACUCUGCCCAGCGGCGGCAUUAGCGUGUCCACGCCGGCGGUUUGCACGCCGCGCGUGCAGAGGAGCAUCAACGAGGAGCAGGGCUUGUCCCCCAACUUCUCCAGAGUGCGAGACAGACACCCUUCCAGCCCCCACGAUGCAGCUACCAGCUGCCUGCCAUUCUGUUUGGCUGCUCUGCUGGAGGAUGAGGUCAUCAACUCCAUGGACUACCAGUUCAACUUCCAGCUGGAGAUACGAGCCCCUUAUCUCCUCGCAGGUGUGGAGAGCCCGUCCCACGCCAUCCGAGCCGACGCAGACCCUCUGGCCCGCUCGGCCACCAGCGUGGUCAUCACCCUGGCGGACAAGUACACUUACGACUGUCCGGUGAAGAUCCUCAUCUACCCCAGCGAACCUCACCUGCCUCAGGUGCUCAUGGAGAGCGGAGAUAUGACGCCGGACGAGUACGACGAGUUCCUUCGCGGCCGCAGCGACUUCAUCAAGGCGACCAAGAAGGAUUCCAGCAACGAGAAGAAGGUGGAGAUCAUCCACAGGCGCCUGCACAAGGACGUGCUCCACAACCCGGUGGUGAUGCUCAACUUGUGUCCCGACCUUAAGCAUGUCCGCUCCGACCUGAGGAAGGUGCACGGCGAGUUCAUCUUCCUCAUCGACCGCAGCGGCAGCAUGAGCGGCGUCAACAUCAACCGCGUCAAGGAUGCCAUGGUGGUGAUCCUCAAGAGUCUGGUACCAGGCUGCCUGUUCAACAUCGUCAGUUUCGGCUCCACCUUCAAAUCUCUUUUCCCGGCCAGCCAGAACUACCAGGAGGAGGCGCUGCAUUUGGCCUGCGAGUACGUCCGCAAGAUCCGAGCCGACAUGGGGGGCACAAACAUCCUGGCGCCGUUAAAGUGGAUCCUGAGGCAGCCCAUGUUCAGCGGACACCCGCGUCUGCUCUUCCUGCUGACGGACGGGGCGGUGAGCGACACGGGCAAGGUCAUCGAGUUGGUGCGCAGCCACGCCCGCUACGUCAGAUGCUUCACAUUCGGCAUCGGGCAGAGCGCGUGCAGGAGGAUGGUGCAGCAACUGGCCGCCGUGUCCAAAGGGACAGCUGAGUUCCUGGCGCAGGGCGAGAGGCUCCAACCGCGCAUGAUCAAGUCCCUGAAGAAGACCAUGCGCCCGGUCCUCAGUGACAUCUCCAUCGAGUGGCUCUUCCCCGAGACCAAGGAGGUCUUGCUUUCCCCGGUGGGCAACACCUUCCUGUAUCCUGGCGACAGUCUGAUCGGGUACGCCGUGGUUUGCGACGCCACUCGCUACCACACCAACCCCAGAUCUGACAAGAGACGGCGAUACAGCAUGAUGCGCUCCGUGGGCUCAGGGAGCUCCGUCUUUUACCACUCCCAAGACGAGGACCUGCUGAGGACCCCUGCCGACAAAGAAAGACCUCAGGGCGUUCUGCAUGACCCCAACCGGGACACCUUGGCGGACACCGACUCUGUCGACGACGACGCGUCGGGCCUGGAGGCUCAGGCGAGGAGGCGAGCGUACAGCACCAACAAAAUUGCCGAGCACCUCCCGGCUAAGAAGUACACCUCCAGUGACCCCAGCUCUGUCAUGCCCAAGAACCCUCUGAGGAGAGCCCAAGUCCAGGAGCUGCUCGGCCACGUGAGCCCAGAGCACGAAACCCACUGGAGGACAGAUUUCCAGCCUCAGCUGGCCAGUCUGUGCGCCGCGUCUUCGGGAGAGCGUCCUCCUGGGGUCCAGGAACCUCCGCCUCUGGAGGCGGGCUCGGAGGCUGAAGAUAGCGCGGCGCAAGCCCGGGCUGGCAACGUCGCCGGAGAGGACGGAUCCAGGUCAUCCACGGAGAGUCCGUCCGUAGGCAGCGUGGGAGAUGCGGAAGGAUACAGCCACCAGCUCUGUCAGGCCGAAACGCCGCAGGAGGUCCUCAGCGUGGACGCAGCGGCCCGCCAGCGAAGCGAGUGCAAGGCGGUGGUCUCGGGCGUGCUCUGCGGGAAGGCGGUCCACUGGGAGGUGCAAUUCGACGUGGAGCCCUUCCUGAAGGGGCGAGAGCGCGAGGAGAAGGUCCACGAGGAGCUGUGGAACGAGACCUUCCACCAUCUGGCCGCCCGCUCCAUCAUCCAAGACUUCGAGCACAUGGCCGACCGGGAGCACGAAAUCGAACACGGUGAGCAGGGCUGCGGCAGGAAGUACCGAGUGUACGCCAUCCACACCAGCAAGGCCUGCAACAUCCUCAGCAAACACACCACCUUCAUCCCCGUGGACCUGGACACCAACGAGUACCUUCACACCUGCGUCGAGUACAUCAACCCAGGCGACGGCUUCAAACGAGGCUCGAGCUCCAAGUCGGGGAGCGGGAAGAACCGAGCUUACUCGGUGGGACUGGGCCGCUCGCAGUCCGGCGGCGUGUCGGAGGACGCGGAGGACGCCGCCACGCAUAACAGCGUGGACGACGGCGUUUCUCCCUGCAGCACGCCGUCCUCGUCCAGCUGGGAGAGAUGCAGUUUUACAGAAGUGACCCAAAGAAGUCCAUCAGUGACGUCAGACCAGUCUCAGAAAUCGGUGGAGGGUCUUUUUUCUGCCAGGUUGGCACUGAGCAGGACCCGCCUCCUGACCAGGGCCGCCAAAGGGUUCAUGAGCCGGUCCCACAGCAAGUCGGCGGACUCCAUGGGCGAGGGCGAGAACGAGAACAAGGACUACAUCCCUCUGGUGUCGCUGCAGCUGGCGUGCGGCGCCUUCCCGCUGGACGCCGCCCUGUGCGACGCCAUCAACGUGCCCAUGGACAAGCUGAAGUGGCGGUCCCCAUUCGGCAGCCACCGCAGCAGCUUGGGCCGCCGCGCGGAGAGCGCAGAAGACGAGCCGUGCGAGCCGACACCGUGCGCGGGCGCCGCCGAGGGGGCGCUGGACCCGGAGAGCCUGGUGUGGGCGACGGCGGUGGCCCUGGCCUGGCUGGAGCACAGCUCCGCCAGCUACUUCAUCGAGUGGGAGCUGUUGGCCGCCAAGGCCAGCAUGUGGCUCGGCGACCAGGACGUCCCGGAAGGCCGGGACGUGGCGUCGGUGAAGGCCGCCGCCAACCAGCUCUUCAUCAUCCUCAGACACUGGGAGGACAACCUGCAGCUCAACAUGCUGUGCUACAACCCCAGCAGUGUGUGAGCGCCACACACACACACCUCUGUCUGUCUGUCUGUCUGUCUGUCUGUGUGUGUGUGUGUGUGUGUGUGUGCGUGUGUGUGUGUGUGCGUGCGUGUCCUACCCCUCUAAACAUAUCAGCGUCAGUACGUUUACAUGCACUCGAUUUAACGUUUACUCUCGCAGUAUACUUGUUACGUUCACUUCCGCCACCAUAGGGGGCGCUAUUGCCUUUUAUGGAGCUCGGUAAUGCAGCAUGCGCUUUUGUACACUCGCGUUUCCACGACGACGGCGACCGGUUUCCCUUCACAUACCGUGACUCAAAUGGUUAAUCAACUUAUUUGAUUAGAAAAAGAAAAAAAAAUUGAUUCGUGUUAUGUUGCUUCGAUUAAUCGUUUGAUUAAUGGAACUAAUGAGAAUCUGAUAAAGUUCGGAAAAAGAAGGUGGAACUAGUUGAAGAGAAGGUAAACGAUGGUAAUAGAUGUGAAUUUCAGGUAAAAUAAAGUGAAAAGGAAUAUAGGAGGUAAAAGUCAGGUAAAAAAAGUGGAAAUAGAAGUUAGAAGUAGUAAAUAAAAGGUAAACGGAGGAAUAUAGAAGGUAAAAUCAGUUAAAUAGAAAGUUUAAAAAAACUGAAUGAAAGGUAAAAGAAGGAAUAUAUACGGUAAAAGUCAGGUAAAAAAAGGGGAAACCGAAGCUAGAAGUCGUAAAUAAAAGGUAAAAUAAGGUAGAUAGAAGGUUAAAGAAGUUAAAAGAAGGAAUAUAGACGGUAAAAGUCAGGUAAAAAAAGGGGAAACAGAAGUUAGAAGUAGUAAACAAAAGGUAAAACAAGGAAUAUAGAAGGUAAAAAAUGUAGAUAGAAGGUAAAAGAAGGAAUGUAAAAGGUAAAAGUCAGGUAAUAAAAGGGGAAUUAGAAGUAAAAAGUAGUAAAUAAAAGGUAAACAGAGAAAUAUAGAGGGUAAAAUAAGUUAAACAGAAGGUAAAAGAAGCUAAAUGAAAGGUAAAAGAAGGAAUAUAGAAGGCAAAAAAGUCAGGUUAAAAAAAGGGGAUACAGAAGUUAGAAGUAAUUAAUAAAAGGUAAAAGAAGGAAUAUAAAAGCUAAAAUAAGGUAAAUAGAAGGUUAAAGAAGGAAUAUAGAAGGUAGAAGUCACGCAAGAAAAGGUGAAUUAGAAGUUAAAAGUUGUAAAUAAAAGGUAAACAAAGGAAUAUAGAGGGUAAAAUUUGUUAAAUAUAAGGUAAAAGAAGCUAAAUGAAAGGUAAAAGAAGGAAUAUAGAAGAUAAAAGUCAGGUAAAAAAAAAGGGGAUACAGAAGUUAAAAGUAAUAAAUAAAAGGUAAAAGAAGGAAUACAGAAGGUAAAAUAAGUAAAAUAGAAGGUAAAAGAAGCUAAAUAAAAGGUAAAAGUCAGGUAAAAAAAAGGAAUAGUAAGUGAGAGGUUGUAAAUAAAAUGUGAAUGGAAGGAAUAUAGAUGGUAAAAUAAGUUAAAUAGAAGGUAAAAUAAGCUAAAUAAAAGGUAAAAUAAGGAAUAUAGAAAGUAAAAGUCCGGUAAAAAGGGGAUAUAGAAGUUAGAAGUAGAAAAUAACAAGGUAAACGGAGGAAUAUAGAAGGCAAAAUAAAUAUAAUAGAAGGUAAAAGAAGCUAAAUAAAAGGUAAACGUCAGGUAAAAAAGGGGUAAUAGAAGUUAGAAGUAGUAAAUAAAAGGUAAACGGAAGAAUAUAAAAGGUAAAAUAAGUUAAAUAGAAAGUCAAAUAAGCUAAAUAAAAGGUAAAAGGAGGAAUAUAGAAGGUAAAAUAAGUAAAAUAAAAUGUAAAAGAAACUAAAUAAAAGUUAAACGGAGGGAUGUAGAAGGUAUAAUAAGUCAAGUAAAAGGUAAAAUAAACUAAACAAAAGGUAAAAUAAGGAAUAAAGAAGGUAAAAGUCAGGCAAAAAAGGGGAUAUAGAAGUUAGAAGUAGUAAAUAAAAGGGAAACGGAGGAAUAUAGAAGGUAAAAUAAGUUAAAAAGAAGGUAAAAUAAGCUAAAUAAAAGAUAAAUGAGGAAUAAAGAAGAAAAAACAAGUUAAGUAAAAGGUAAAAGAAGCUAAAUAAAAGGUAAAAUAAGGAAUAUAGAAGGUAAAAGUCAGAUAAAAAAGGGGGAAUGGAAGUUAGAAGUAGUAAAUAAGGUAAACAGAGGAAUAUAGAAGGUAAAAGAAGGUAAAUAAAAGGUAAAAGAAGGAACAUAGAAAGUAAACUUGUUUUAUGUUGUUUUAAUAGUUUUUUGGACAAAUCUGAACACUUUCAUUUAUUUCAUACAUGACGUAUUUGUUGACAGAAACAAUUGCCGAUAAAUGUGUCUUUCUCGACACACCACUGAGGUGCGCCAUCAAAGUACGCCAGCGUCUCCUGGCAUCAUUUCGACCGCGCACUCGCGCAUUCACGUGUCGCUCAAACCUCCCAUGUUCCUCAAAAUCACGUCAUUGAGCAACAUUUGUGCGUUGGAAAAAGACAAACUUAGACUUCUAUUCGAUGUUGUUCUGCAGAGUUCUAUCAGCAUGCACUUACUUACGUACCUAUAAUUGCACGUGGUCUCGUAGCUAAGCUAAUUAGCCCAGUGUUAUGUGUUGAACGUAGGUGUUUUUUUUUUUUUUUGUUCGGGGGGGGGAAAGGAUUUCAAUGUAGCAAAACAAGCCAAGGCGAUACGCAAACUGCUCGUUAGCGGAACGUGUUUAUUAAAAGGGAUUUGUCUUAUUUUGGCUUUCGCAAAAUGGAAAGUGAGAAAAAUGCCCUUCUUAAUGAGUUUAAAUUUAGCCGUUUAUUUAUAAAAAAAGAAAAAUAAAUUUGGCCAUGAAAAUUCAUUAUAAAAAAGAAAGGAAUGGUAAAAAAAUAUUUUUACAUGUACACACACAAAAAAAAAACAUAAUCUAACGCAGGGGUCGGGAACCUUUUUGGCUGAGAGACCCAUGAAAGCAAAAUAUUAUAAAAUGUAUUUCCGAGAGAGCCAUAUAAUAGUUUUUAACACUGAAUACAAAUAAAUGUGUGCAUUUUUAAGUAAGACCAACAUUUUAAGAAUAUAAUAGGUGUCUUCUUCUUUUUAAGAACAUUGUUAUUCUGAAGCUAAUGAAUAAAAUAGUUCUUACCAAUAAUGCGACUUCUUGAACAGGAACGGUAGAAAACGGAUGGAUGGAUUAAAAUGCAUGAGAAUGUUUUAUAUUUUGAACGUUAUUUUUAACACUGUGAUUACCAGCGGAAUUAUUCAUUACUUAUCGCUGUGUUUUUCAACCACUGUGCCGCGGCACAGUCUGGUGUGUCGUGGGAGAGAUUAUAUAAUUUCACCUAAUUGGGUUGAUAAUAUUUUUUGCAAACCUGUAACUAUGAUUCAAAAAUGUGCUGUUAUUGAGUGUCUGUGUUGUCUAGAGCUCGGCAGAGAAAGCUUGUAAUACUCUUCUAUAUCAGUAGGUGGCAGCAGGUAGCUAAUUGCUUUUGUAGAUGUCGGGAACAUGGUAUGUCGUAAUCACAAUAUGCGGGAGGCAGCAUGUAGGUAAAAAGGUAUCCAACACUUAAACUAAAAAUAAACAAAAGGCGAGUGCCGCUAAGAAAAGGCAUUGAAGCAAAACAAAACUAAAACUGAACUGGCUGCAAAGUAAACAAAAACAGAAUGCUGGACGACAACAAUGACUUACAGUGUGCGGAGCAGACGGCGUCCACAAAGUACAUCCGUACAUGGCAUGACAAUCAACAAUGUCCACACAAAGAAGGAGUGCGUCCGCACAACUUAAAUAGUCUUGAUUGUAAAAACAAGGCAGGUGCGAUGAAUAGCAUUCAAGGAGGACAUGAAACUGCUACAGGAAAAUACCAACAAAAGAAGGAAAGCCACCAAAAUAGGAGUGCAAGUCACACAGGAAAACACCGAAAAAACUCAAAAUAAGUUACGGUUCGACAGUACACCUACAUAGAGACAAGAGCUAUUUCGAGAACAAUUUAUUUUUUUUGUCAAUAUCGGCUACUGAGUUUAAUUUUUUUUAUGUUUUCUGCUGGUGGUGCGACUCAGAACUUUUUCAAUGAAAAAAAUGUGUUUUGGCUCAAAAAAGGUUGAAAAACACUGACUUAUCGUGUUAAGCAAUGCCAGCUAAGAUUUAUCUGAGAGCCAGAUGCAGUCAUCAAAAGAGCCACAUCUGGCUCUAGAGCCAUAGGUUCCCUACCCCUGAUCUAACGCAACAUAUCAGCUAAAACAGUAUUUACUAUUACUACCACUAAAAAUAUUAAUUUGCAUGUUAAUCAGUUAAUUUCCCCCAAAUAUAUUUAAUAAAAGUUACUAUUAUUAUUUUAAUUUUUAGUAACAAAUUAUUACCUCUUAAAAAUAAUAUGUAAUAAUAAUAAUAUUUUGAAUGAUUGCAAUUAUUAUUGGUAAUAUUGCUGUUAUUGCAAAUAAAUACAAGGAUUAUUUUCUUAUUAAUAAAAUUUGGGUAAUGAUAAUGAUUAGUUGCCAGAGAUAUGAACAUUUAUGAAGUUCAGAGUAAAUGACAAAACUAUUUGUGGAAUCUUGUUUUGUCUAAAGUAAUAUUAAUCAUUGCGACAAUUCAAACCAGUGGUCCCCAAACUGCGGCCGUCUAAAAAUGCAUUUUCCCAAUCGAUAAGGCAAC